GGCGCGCGCGGAAAUAUUUAAAGCUAGUUUAAAGACGUUUUACGGGUGUUAUUAAUUAAACAAGCGGUUGUCGGUGUACAUAGGUAUUUAAUACAAUAUAAUAUUAUGGCUACUCCUCCGAAGAGAUUUUGUUCGAGCCUAGAAGCUGAUCUUAGUUUCGAAAAAAGGGCUUUGAAAGUCUCAAUAGAGGGAAACAUAGCGGCAGGGAAGUCAACUUUUGUGCGCAUGUUGGAGCGUACGUCAGAGGAAUGGGAUGUCAUACCUGAGCCCAUCGGGAAGUGGUGCAAUGUGCAAACCACAGAGAAUGACUAUGAGGAGCUUAGCACGUCACAGAAGAGUGGAGGGAAUCUGCUGCAGAUGUUAUAUGACAAGCCCAGCCGCUGGUCCUACACUUUCCAGACCUACGCCUGCUUGAGUCGUGUCCGUUCACAACUUCAGCCUCCUUCUGCCAAGCUUCAGCAGGCUGAGAAACCUGUCCAGUUCUUUGAGCGUUCUGUCUACAGUGACCGGUAUGUGUUCGCCUCCAACCUCUUUGAGUCUGGAGAUUUGAAUGAGACUGAAUAUGCCAUCUACCAAGACUGGCAUUCAUGGCUCCUCACUCAGUUUGAGUCUCAGAUUGAGCUAGACGCCAUGAUCUACCUUCGUGCCGAUCCUGAGAGAUGUAUGCAGCGUCUUCAGUUUAGAGGGCGAGAGGAGGAACAGGGAAUUCCACUAGAAUAUCUGGAGAAGUUACAUUAUAAGCACGAGUGUUGGCUGUACAACCGAACCACAAAGGUAGAUUUUGAGUCUCUUAAAGACCUUCCUGUAUUGGUCCUGGAUGUUAAUGAGGACUUUAAAAAUGACAGAAUUAAACAAGAAGGGGUAAUUGAAAAGGUGAGGGACUUCCUGAGCACAUUGUAGCAUCUGCUUGCAUGUAGACUGGUGAUUUAUCACUAGUUUCUGGUUCAGUGCCUGUUGCCACUGAAAUUUAUUUUUUUAGCUUUUGUAUUUAGCGUGUUGUACAUAUUUAUUUGUUUUUAUUAAAACAUGAUUUUUAACAUUUUAACAGCAAGAAAUGCAAAUAAGCCUUUUUAUUUCACAUAGAAAGUACUCUGGAAGUACAGAGGCAGGUUGAUAACAAAUAAAUUCACAAAAAAAGCCACACACAAGAACAAAGUCCAUUUUCUCAGCACUGGAAUACAGACUAAUCGUGAAAUUUAGUGUAUAUAAGACAAGGGGUACCUGUGGCAUAUACAUAUAGUAUGCAUUAUACAUAAUUAAACUUGUGUGUAUUGAUAUUUCACAGGAUGACUUAAUUAACUUUUGUUUUAAGAACAUGUGGAAUUUGAAUUGUUUGUCAGAACAUGCCUAUAAAUCAACAUAUUUAAUUAACAUAACAUUCUUUGGUUAAAAGGUUUGGAAACCUUUGAUAUCCAUGUCAGUAAAAUGUACAGAAUAUAUAUAAAGAUUCAAUACUUGGAUAAAAUAAUACACUUCUGCAGUUUUGGAUACAGUCAUCUUCAGGUCAUGUGGUCAGUGUUGGUGUUGUAAUACAAAUUGUGUCUGUAAUAAACUUUUAUCUUCAG